CAUCGAAAGAGAAAAGAAAAUGUCAUUUCAAAUAGUCGUAUCAGAUUCCAUGACGCCAAAUAAUGACAGUUUAAGCCAUGGUGUUCCUCGUAGAUCUGCAAACUUUCAACCAAGUGCUUGGGGAGAUCAUUUCCUUUCCUAUCGUUACAACACUCUGGAAGAAGAGGAGAUGGUCAUGAAACAAGUUCAAGAAUACAAAGAAGAAGUGAGAAGAAUGUUUGGAGUUGCUGAAAAGUAUUCAGAAAAAUUAAGUUUGAUCGAUUCAAUUCAACGUCUGGGUUUGUCAUAUCACUUUAAAGAUGAAAGUAGUGAAGUUAUUGACUAUAUCCAAAAUCCUACCAAUGUUGAUGAAGAAGAUGAGGAUCUUUACAUUACAGCUCUUAGAUUUCGAUUACUCAGACAACAAGGUUUUUUUGUUUCUUGUGAUAUAUUCAAUAAGUUUACAAAUGAAAUGGGAGAUUUCAAAGAAUCAAUUGUGAAGGAUGGAGCUGUUAUUAGUUUGUAUGAAGCAUCCCACUUGAGAAUGAAGGGAGAAAAUAUAUUGGAUGAAGCAUUAGCUUUCACAACUACUCAACUUAAAGCAAUGGCCAUGGAUUCCAGUUCUCCAUUCUCAGAAGAAGCUAAAUAUGCUUUGAAGUGGCCAAUCUAUAAAGCUAUGCCAAGGUUCAUGAAUAGGCACUAUAUCUCUCUCUAUCAAAACAAUGCAUUGAAGAAUAAUAAUGUUUUGCUCAAAUUUGCAAAGUUGGACUUCAAUACUCUCCAAAAACUUUACCAGAAAGAAUUGGGUGAAUUUUCAAGGUGGUGGAAGGAUCUGAAGUUGAGGAUGCAAUUACCUUUUGCAAGAGAUAGAGGGGUGGAGUGCUAUGUUUGGGCAUUGGGAAUAUUCUAUGAACCAAAAUACUCUAAUGCUAGAACAAUAUUAGCAAAAGUUAUUGCUUUUAUAUCUCUUCUUGAUGAUAUGUAUGAUGUCUAUGCCACCCUAGAGGAACUUCAACUAUUCACCAAUUUAAUUGAAAGGUGGGAUGUUAAUUGUAUUAAGAUGCUCCCAAAUUACAUGAAAGGUCUUUAUGAAGCUAUACUUGAAGUUUAUGGAGAGAUUGAACAAGAUAUUUGCAAGGAUAACAAUAUUCCAUUUGCAUUUGAUUAUGCAAAAGAAACGAUGAAAAUGCAAUGCAGAGCUUAUUUGAUGGAAGCUAAAUGGUUCAACCAAAGGUAUAUACCAACAAUGGAAGAAUACAUGAAAGUUGCCAUUAUUUCUGCAGCCUACUAUGUUGUUGCUUCAAUUUCCUUCAUUGCUUUGGGAAAUGUUGCCUCCAAAGAGAUUUUUGAAUGGGCUCAAACUGAUCCUAUGCUUAUUAAAGCAACUGGAGUAAUUGGUAGGCUCCUCAAUGACAUAGCUUCGCACAAGUUUGAACAAGAGAGAGGUCAUGUAGCUUCUGCAAUUGAAUGCUACAUGAAACAAUAUGGAGUAUCAGAAGAAGAAGCUGUAGUUGAGCUAAAAUUGCAAGUGGUAAAAGCGUGGAAAGAUGUAAUAGAAGACCAUACAGAAUCGUCCCAAUUGUUUCCAACUGUGAUUUGUGACUGCAUCUUGAAUAUUGCUCGACUUACAGAUCUCUUUUAUAAGGACGGAGAUGGUUACACAUUUGCUGAUGGAGAAAUCAAACAUUUUAUUACCUUCAUGCUUAUAGACCCUGUGCCAAUUUAAUCCAUCUACGGACUUUGUUUGAUCUUUCUAUGCCAACAUCUUUCUCAUAAAUAUGUGUAAAGAUCAACAGCUAGGUUGUAACAAUUUUUUUCUCAUGCCAGCUACCACAUAAAUAAAAUAAAAAAUUAAAAGUAAA